CGCCGGUGGGGGCGGAGCGUCAGACAGCUAUUAGUAGGCGGUUAUUGGGCUCUGUAAACCAGCUGGCGGCAUAGGGGCGGAGUUCUUGCCGAGGGCGGGAUACUGAGGUGGUGGCUGUUCUCGCGAGCGUAUCCCGGCUGCUGCUCUCUGCCUCCCCCUCGUUCGGCGACUGAGGGUGAGAGAGCUCCCGGUGCGGGGAGGAGACACUGGACGCCGGAGAACGGGGAGCUCGCUGGUACGAGCUAUAGACCGGCACUGACCUCAGUGGGGCGUCCGUCCGUACACCUCCCCCACCCGGGGAGCGCCAGGGAGGCUAACGGCCCCGGAUAGCCUGGCCUGAACCAUUACCUUGCACAACUUUCUUGGGCAGUGGGCUGGACAGCUGAAUAAGAUUGCGUCUGGACUUCUAAAGUAAAUCUCUGUGGAAUAUGGGUCAGAAGGUUACAGGAGGCAUAAAGACAGUGGAUAUGAGGGAUCCAGCAUACAGGCCACUGAAGCAAGAUCUCCAGGGUGUGGACUACUGUAAACCUGCUCGACUUGACCUCUUGUUGGAUAUGCCUCCAGUAUCUUAUGAAGUACAGCUUCAGCAUUCAUGGAAUAAUAAUGAUCGGUCUCUUAAUGUUUUUGUCAAAGAGGAUGACAAACUUGUUUUUCACCGGCAUCCGGUGGCACAAAGCACAGAUGCCAUUCGUGGCAAGACUGGUUACACACGGGGCCUACAUGUGUGGGAAAUAACAUGGGUCAUGAGACAGCGAGGGACUCAUGCUGUUGUUGGUGUUGCAACAGGAGAUGCACCACUCCAUUCUGUAGGAUACACAACACUCAUAGGAAGCAACGGGAAAUCCUGGGGAUGGGACUUGGGUAGGAACAAACUGUACCAUGAUGGUAAAAAUCAGCCAAGUAGAACAUACCCUGUUUUUCUGGAGCCUGAUGAAACCUUCAUAGUGCCAGAUUCUUUCCUGGUGGUUCUAGACAUGGAUGAUGGUACGCUAAGUUUUAUUGUGGAUGGACAGUACAUGGGCACUGCCUUUAGAGGAUUAAAAGGAAAAAAACUCUACCCUGUGGUUAGUGCGGUUUGGGGCCACUGUGAAAUCAGAAUGCGCUAUUUAAAUGGACUUGAUCCGGAACCCCUGCCUCUCAUGGACUUGUGUCGGCGAUCUGUUCGUCUAGCACUGGGAAAAGAGAGACUGAAUGAAAUCGAAGUGCUUCCACUACCAGCGUCUCUUAAAGGCUACCUACUCUACCAUUGACGAACUGCAGAUGGCCUUAGACUCUAGUCUGUGGUGGACUAGUCUCCUUUCAAUCCAGUGCUAUGCUUCCUAAGGCAUCACUUCUUUUUCCUUAAUGCUUGCUGGUAGGAAGAUGGUACAGUCUCCUCACAUGCAUGCUUCCAACUACAAAAUACCUCUAAGCCUUUUUUUUUUUUUUUUUUUUUUUUAAACUUCAAUCCAGAUUUUUCUAUGAAGGAUAUCUGCAAUGUUGUGUGUAAAGUGCAUGAUGUUUAAUGAGUUGUUUGACCAAUUUUUAACUUCACUGUCUUUUCUGAAGAUGUAGACUUGUGAUCAUAUGCCCAAAUGGGCCCUGAUGUGUCUGUACAUUUUAAAUGUCUUGUCCUUAACUGCUAUUGUGCCUCAAACACUAAGAUGUGGGGUGUUCACUCAUAGGGGUUUAUUUCUGUAACCCAGUUAUUUGUGCUUAUGCCAAAUAUUUUAAAGGGCAAUGCUUUUACUAGCAAGACACUACUAGUAAAAAUGUUGCCCUUUUAGAUAUCUAGCAUAAACACGGUCAGAAGUGCUGGAAUCUAUAAACUGAUGCUUCAUAAAUAAACCCCCUAGCUCCUGCUUCCUCAUUAUGUGGCUGAAGGGUUGACAGUGGUAACAGCACUUGUACAAAGCAUUAUGACUCUAUACUUAGAUGCUCAAAUCUGAAUCUGCAGGCCUCAGCACUUGGUGUAUCAGUCAGAGGGGGGAGUGUCUGACAAAGUUGGUAGAGACGUGUGAACUUUUUUUUUUUUUUUUUUUUUUUAUAGCUCUUGGGGUAUCCCUGCCCCCAAUCAAAGCAAAUGGUUGACUAGCGUGCUUGAAUACUCACAAGCCAUACUCGCUAAACAUAAAUCAACUGUGCUUUACUCAGAGGUGAUGGAUAUUGUUUUUUAACUGUACUUUUCACUUGUGCUGCCUAUUGAUCAUGUCCUUAGCUGCAGGAAGUUCUCUUUAUGACUCUGGACAUUAAAGUGCAAUAUGAAAGUAUAGGAAGAUGAUCAAUUAGCUUCCCUUUUAUACAAGCAUAAGACUUUACCUGUUAACCCCUAAAUGUAGACUUUUUUUUUUUUUUAUAUCCAUCUUUCAUGUGGGACCCUUAUAUUAGGCCUGAUUAAGGCUAUGGAUUGUGCCCCACAUUUGUUUUAGGACAUAGGUCUGAGCGCCUCCUAACCUCUCCCAUACAUCAGUCUACAAGUGCUGCUUACCAUUCACUCUAACAGGCCAUAUAGAUCAAAAGAAAUGAAGAAAGCAAUAUAUGCACAGGUACAAUGGCUUAUGUGUUUGUUUGUUUUGUUUUUUUGUUUUGUUUUUUCUCAUGUCAUGUGUUGUAGCUAUGUGAAUUCCUGUAAAGUGUUCCUGUCACCUGCACACAGUGAAAAUGAACAGUCUAUUAGCUGAGCUAAUGUUCCCGAGACUGCAGUCUCAUCAAGUCAUCUAGGAUCUAGUGACUUCACUUCAUCAUAACUCAGUGGUGUCACUAGUGUGGUGAUCUGGCUCAGCCCACAGAACGGCUGCCUCUCUUCCUGUGGGUGAUGGGUACACUACAAACACUGCUGCUGUAGGGUACUAAAAAAAAAGAAAUCAAACUAGAUUUUAAAAUAAAUGCACGUCAGUGCCAAGACUAUGAGGGUGAUGUACCACCAUAUCUUGCCUAUGAACUUGUUCUGCAGUGUGAGGACUCUUGCUGCUUUGCACAUAAAAGGGAGUUGUAUAAGACCUCUUGGUAUUUUGCCUUUUUAAUAGACUUUUUUUUUCCUCUCGGUGCAAGUAGUCCUCCACUUAAACUGUCUUGGCGACUCUCCUUACAGUCUACGUAUUGUUGCUUGUACAGUUUUAAACUUUAUAAUUCUGUAGAUAAAUUCUGUAAUAAAGAAAUAGUUUAUUAAAUAUAAAA